AUGGCGAUCAAGGCUCUCCUCUUCGACUGCGACAACACGCUGGUGCUGUCGGAAGAGCUCGCCUUUGAGGGCUGCGCUAGUCUGAUCAACCAGAUCUGCGAGGUCAAGGGUCUCAACAUCCCCCCGUUCACGGGCGAGACGCUGAUCAAGGAGUUUGUCGGCCAAAACUUCCGCGGCAUGCUGCUGACGCUGCAAAAGAAGCACGGCAUGGACCUGACGGCCGACGAGCUCGAGGUCUACGUCAAGCGCGAGGAGGAGGUUGUCAUCGCCAAGCUCAAGGAGGCGCUCGUCCCCUGCGAGGGCGUCACGGAGCAGCUCGAGGAGCUGCAAAAAUCGGGCAAGUACACCAUGGCCGUCGUGUCGAGCAGCGCCGGCCGCCGGCUCGAGGCCAGCCUGGAGAAGGUCGACUUCAAAAAGUACUUUGGCGACCGCGUCUACAGCGCCGCCACCAGCAUCGACCCGCCCACCAGCAAGCCAGACCCGGCAAUCUACUUGCACGCCAUGAAGCAGCUCGGCUUCUCGGCCGGCGAGUGCGUCGCCAUCGAGGACUCCAAGAGCGGCACCACGAGCGCCUGCCGCGCCGGCAUCAAGACGGUGGGAUACGUCGGCCCCUAUGAGGAUUCGCUCAAGCCCGAGAUGGAGAAGACGCUCAAGGAUGUCGCCGGCGCAUGCAUCAUCAUGCGGAACUGGAGCGAGUUCCCGGAGUGUCUGCGUAAGAUUGAGGCUGGUGAAGUCUAA